GUGGUGAAUUAAGACCGAGUCUACAGACAGGAUUGUGAGCAGCGGUAUCCAGAGACCGGUAUCCAGAGCAAGAGAAGUGAUUUUUAAACUUCAUUUUAAAAAGAAACAAACGGCGUGAAUGAGGCGCAAAGCAAAAGUGCAGGAAUUUUUUGCUCAGAGGAAAACAGCAGCUUGUUUACAGACGGAGGCUUUAACAUGUUAUAGUCCACACGAUGAUGGGCCAGAUGCAAUGAACCAGAUUGGUAAACCUCUGCAGGUUGGCUUCUAUGAGAUCAUCCGUACGCUGGGGAAAGGAAACUUUGCCGUAGUGAAGCUGGCACGACACAAAGUCACUAAAACACAGGUUGCCAUUAAAAUCAUCGACAAAACCCACUUGAAUGCAUCAGACUUGGAAAAACUCAACAGGGAAGUUAAAAUCAUGAAGCUUCUGAAGCAUCCACACAUCAUCAGACUCUACCAGGUUAUGGAAACCAAGAACAUGUUGUACAUUGUAACCGAGUAUGCUAAUAAUGGUGAGAUGUUCGAUUAUCUUGCACGCAACGGUCAUCUGAGUGAGGACGAAGCUCGCAAGACUUUCUGGCAAAUUCUCUCAGCUGUAGAAUAUUGCCACAGAUGCCACAUUGUACAUAGAGACCUAAAAGCUGAAAAUUUACUACUGGAUAGCAACAUGAACAUCAAGCUUGCAGACUUUGGUUUUGGAAAUUUCUUUGUGCAUGGAAAGCAUCUUAAUACCUGGUGUGGAAGUCCACCUUAUGCAGCACCGGAGAUCUUCCAGGGAAAUGAAUAUGAAGGACCGCAGCAAGACAUAUGGAGUCUAGGUGUAGUAUUGUAUGUGCUGGUGUGUGGAUCGCUGCCAUUUGAAGCUGCCUCACUUCCAGUCCUGAAACAGCGUGUUAUAGAGGGACUCUUUAGUAUUCCUUACUUCAUGUCACAGGGGUGUGAGGACCUGAUACGGAGGAUGCUGGUUGUGGAUCCGGCCAAACGUAUCAGUCUGAAACAAAUCAAGCAGCACUGCUGGAUGAAAAUUGCACCAAAAACAGUGUGCCAGUCUUUAUUUAACCCUCCUGAGCAGGAAAGGCACUGCCAGGAAAAGACAUACAAUGAGCAAGUACUCAGUCUCAUGCAGACACUGGGCAUUGACAAGCAGAGGACCACUGAAUCUUUACAGAAUGACAGCUACAACCACUUUUCUGGCAUUUAUUGGCUUUUGCUCGAGCGACUGAAAGAACAAGAGAAAAUCAGAAAAGCUCCAGAUUGGUCCAAAAAGCUUUGUUACAACCACCCAGUGUUGGGAAAUGUAUUAGAUACAAGUCCACUUAUGUUAGAGGACAGAAACUCUUCCUCUCCCAGCAGCUUAAUGCAUGCUGGAUCAAGCAGUGCAGUACAAGUUAAAAACGUAGAUGAAGAGGAGAAGCAGUUACCUCUUGACUAUACAACUGGAAACAGGGGCACGAUACAUAGACACACAGAGUCUGAGGUGUCCUCCUUUAAAAGCUGGUGUCACCCACCAAACAUUGUGUUGGAUCUAGUAGACAGUGUCACUGUAGACAGCUCGCCCACCUCUUCCUUCACUGCCACCAGUACCUCAAUCACUUCCCCCGGUGCUCUUUUACACCCACAACGCUCUAUGAACCAAGAUCAGGGACAGUAUCCAUUUUCAGUGAAAUUAGAAAGAAGUCCUGUCACUCAUUCUUCUGUCCUGUUGUUCCAAAAAAGUCUCCAAUUUCCUAAUUUCCAGGAGGGCAGAAGAGCCUCAGAUACCUCAAUGCCACAAGGUCAGUGGGCUUUCUAUGAGCAUUUGAGCAAAAAUGUUCACACAACAGGCCAGUUUGGUUUGAACAAAGUUCCUGUGCAGUACACAUGGCCCCCAAUGCUUAACCUAGAACUCACUAAUAAACCUCCGAAACAAUCAUGGGGGAAUCUUCAUGGCCAGACAUUAAGCCUUCAGCACCGUCAGUGGACAUCUAACAUUCGUUGUCACUAUCCCCAUCUUCUACAAAAACCUUCUCCUCAUCCUCCUCCUACUGCAGCUAUCCAGAAUCACUCCAUCCACCCAGCACUACACUCUGUGCGUCACUUAUCUUCUUUAUCCACUUCAAGUUACCACAAAUUCCACCACAGCACUUUAUCUCCCCUUCACACACCUCAGUGCCUGUUUUUUCCUCGCCAAGGUCCACCAGCUCACACUUCUAGCUGUUCUUCCUCAAACAUGUUGGAUUCCACCACACUGCUUCUGGAGGGACAGCUGCAGAUAAAACCAAGCUCAAGCUGAUGUUUGUUAGUAGUAAUGGAGGUUUCACUGUACCUGGUUAUAUCUUUGACAAUAAUUGUCAAUAAGCAACAAGAUUUGUUCCAUUUACAAUAGAAAUGGCAAAUCUCUCAUUUGGAAAGAACAUCUGAAAUUACAAGAACAAAGGACACUCGGCCUCUAUGCACUAUAAUUUAUAUAAUGUAUACAAUCAAUAUGAAAUACAUAUAAAAAAUAUCCUAUUUCUAUUCCCAAGCACCUUAUCCAACACCCUUAAGCAAUAAUUAUUCUUUCUGUAAUUCUUGUUUUGCUUGAUGUCUCCAAUAUAAUCUGACUGCGACUGGAGUGGAUAAAUGAUAAUAGAUAAUUUAUCAUAACACAGUGUGAUCGCAAUGUUAUGAUAAUAGAUCAUUUAUCAUAACAUUGCGAUCACACUGUGUUUUGAUUUUUUGUAUGUAUCUGUAUUUAUUCAUCCUUUGCAUGUCACGUUUUUUUUUUUGCCAAACCAAAGAUAUAUUACUUAAUUCAUUGUAAUUUAAUGCAAUGUUUCCAAAUUUCUUUCUUACCCCUCAAAUGAAUUCUAGAUGUGUUUGUGUUCAGAGGGCCUCUGGUUUUAAUAGGCAGAAUGCUGAAAAUACACUCACAGACCACUUUAUUAGGAACACCUAUACACCUCAGUCAUGCAAUUAUCCAGUCAUCUGGUCAUGUGCUAGCAGCACAGUGCAUAAUAUCGUGCAGAUACAGACCAAGAUCUUCAGGUAGUGGUCACAUCAAACAUCAGAAUGGGUGAAAAAUGUGAUCUCAGUGGCCUUGACCGUGGGAUGGCUGUUUGUUAAGGAUGAGCUAAUUUGAGUAUUUCAGAAAAUGCUGAGCCCAGAGGAGCAUGGCCAGACUGCUUCAGCUGUCAGCUAAAGACACUCAAAUAACCAUUUUUAACAAUUUUGUGUGUCUCAAACCUCACCAAGCCUCACCAGACUGGACAGAUGAAAACUGGAAAAAGACCAAGCAACAUAUUUUUGUUUUGGUUAAUAAUACAACUUUAUUGUAUUCAUAUUUUAGUACAUGAUUCAGGUGAGGGGCGUUUCAAUAAAACAAGGUUAGAAGAGAGGUGGGCAGUGACAAAUGUCAGGUGAUUCAAGCUAAGGAGAGAAAAGUUGAGACACAGGUAAGGAAGAACAGUUAGCUGGAUGGUUGGAUGUAUAUAGAACCU